AUGAUUGCUAAUAGUAAAACGCUUUGGCCUUUAGUAGCAGCCGUUGGUCUUGGCAUUAGUUUUGUUGGAUACUGUGUAUAUUUUGAUCGAAAAUGGCGAAGUGCACCUGAUUUUAUUGAAAAAUUAAAAGUCAAAAGACAAAAAAACAGUCAAAUGCUAGAGGAGGAGAUGGAUAUGAGUAAUCCUGAGAUAAUGCGUCGAUAUUUUCUUGAACAAAUUCAACAAGGUGAAGAUUGUUUAUCUUGUGGUGAUAUUGAUAAUGGUAUUGAAUAUCUAGCAAAAGCUGUUGUCAUUUGUAGUCAACCUCAAAAUUUAAUGGAAUUCUUUCAACAAACACUAUCAUCUGAAAUAUUUCAAGAAUUAAUCAGACGUUUACCAAGAAUCGCUCAAUCCGUUCAUAAUCGGUCUUUAUUAUCUGCCGAUGGUAGUAAUGCUUUUGUGCCUGAAUUAGAUCUUGAAUAG